AAGUCAAAGCACCAAUCAUGCAGCUAGAGUGCUCCAUUGAGGCCUAUAGCAGUAUAGCUAUUCGCCAUUUGACAUUUCGACACGACAACUAAAACUACUACGAAGUGAGGCGCCACCAAGGCACCAACCAUACGUGCGCGAGGGUGACGCUUCACCAUGGCCGCGGCGACCAGCGGUGCAAGUGACACGUUGCCGUCGCCGACGGAGCUGCCAUCGCCGGCGUGCGCGGAGGAGCUGGCGCCGCCGCAGAAGGUCGUGAUCUUCGCGAGCCCCGGCGCGGGCCACCUCAUCCCGCUGGUGGAGCUCGCGCGGCGGCUCGCCGUGGACCACGGCCUCGCGGUCACGGUGGUCACGCUCACCGGCAUGUCCAACCCGGCAACCGACGCCGCCGUGCUUUCCUCGCUGCCGGCCUCCGUCGCGACCUCGGUGCUCCCUGCGGUUUCCCUCGACGACCUCCCGCCGGAUAUCGGCUUCGGUACCCUCAUGUUCGAGCUCGUCCGACGCUCGCUCCCGCACCUCCACGCGCUCAUGGAGGGCCCCAGCGGCGGCCCGGUGACCGCACUCGUAUGCGACUUCUUCGGAACCGCGGCGCUGCCGCUCGCCGCCGAGCUCGGCGCGCAGGGGUACGUCUUCUUCCCCAACAGCUUCGCCCUGAUCUCCAUAAUGCGCCACAUCGCGGAGCUCCACGUCGACGCCGCCCCCGGCGAGAACCGCGACCUCCCGGACCAGCUCCCACUCUCUAGCGGCCUGGUUCUGCGCCACGCCGACCUCCCCAACGGGUUCCGGGACCGGACGGACCCGGUAUACGCCUAUCUCGUCGAGGAGGCGCGGAGAUACGGCCGCGCAAACGGCUUCUUGGUGAACAGCUUCGAGGAGCUGGAGAUCGCCAUGGCGGAAAAGUUCAAGCGGGACGCCGAGGACGGCGCGUUCCCUCCGGUGUACCCUGUGGGGCCCAUCGUCCGGUCAAGCUCCGGCAAAGAAUCCGAUGAGUCGGCGUGCUUGGAGUGGCUGGAUCGCCAGCCGGAGGGCUCGGUGGUAUACGUCUCCUUCGGCACCGGGGGCGCGCUGUCCGUGGAGCAGACGGCCGAGCUCGCCGCCGGGCUGGAGACGAGUGGCCACAGAUUUCUUUGGGUCGUGCGCAUGCCCAGCCUCGACAGGAGCCCUUGCGCCUUGGGGACGGUUCCCGGCGCCAAGGACGAUCCACUGGCGUGGCUCCCCGAGGGGUUCUUGGAAAGGACGAGGGGCCGGGGCCUCGCCAUCGCGGCGUGGGCGCCGCAGGUGCGCGUGCUGUCUCACCCCGCGACCGCGGCCUUCCUGUCGCACUGCGGGUGGAACUCGACGCUGGAGAGCGUGGCGGCCGGCGUGCCGAUGCUCGCGUGGCCGCUGUACGCGGAGCAGAAGACGAACGCGGUCAUCCUGACCGAGGUAACCGGCGUGGCGCUGCGGCCGGCGGCGCGCGGCGACGGCCUGGUGGCGCGCGAGGAGAUCGCGGCGGCGGUGAGGGAGGUCAUGGAGGGGGAGAAGGGAAGCGCCGCGCGCUGCCGGGCGAGAGAGCUCCGUGAGGCUGCUGCGCGGGCGUGGUCGCCGGAAGGAUCGUCGCGGCGGGCGCUGGAGGAAGUCGCCGGCAAGUGGAAGGCAGCACUAGUCAACGGGAAUGGAAGGACUUCAUGAUUUGUUUCUUCCUCCAUGGCUCCAUGCUGAUCAAUCAUCAAGGCUCCUCCAUGCGCCUAUUACUUCCGUGAAUCAGACGAGAUGAAACUAAUAAGUUUCUGUGAAUUCGAGGAGAUUUUGUUGAACUUGUUGCUAUCCAAACACUCUUUCCUCAGUUUUUUUUAAGAUUUUCUAGCGGUUAAAUUUA